CUGGAGCUUUACUUGCGAACAUCGCCCAUCAUCUAGACAGCCACGGAGACUAUUGCUCGCCGAUCAGACCGAUUAACCAUACUGCACAGCCGCAGCACCAGGAGACAUGGCCUGGCGCAACCAGGGAAUCACCGGGUCCAACAACAUCCCUCUGGGCCGGAGACGGUUUGGAGGCGAUGAGGGCCCGGAGGAUGAGAGUCGCACUGCGACGCCCGCCUCCACGGCCGGGGAUACCGGCUACAAGCGUGGCAGGAGUCCUGUUCGCGCUGAUCCCCCCGUGGACGGCGUUAAGAAGCGCAAGAAGCGGAACCGUUGGGGUGAUGCGCAGGAGAACAAGGCCGCUGGGCUUAUGGGCUUGCCGACCAUGAUCAUGGCCAACUUUACCAAUGAACAGUUGGAGGCGUAUACGUUGCAUUUGCGUAUCGAGGAGAUUAGCCAGAAGUUGCGGAUCAAUGAUGUCGUUCCGGCUGAUGGUGAUCGAUCUCCCUCGCCUCCCCCCCAGUACGAUAACUUUGGCAGACGUGUAAACACUAGGGAAUAUCGCUAUCGGAAGCGUCUCGAGGAUGAGCGCCACAAACUCGUCGAAAAGGCGAUGAAGUCUAUCCCUAAUUAUCACCCGCCGUCUGACUACAGACGUCCUACUAAGACCCAGGAGAAGGUCUAUGUGCCUGUGAAUGACUAUCCAGAGAUUAACUUCAUUGGCUUACUCAUAGGUCCUCGUGGUAAUACCUUGAAGAAGAUGGAGUCGGAGUCCGGGGCCAAGAUUGCGAUCCGUGGCAAGGGCUCCGUCAAGGAAGGAAAGGGUCGAUCUGAUGCCGCUCACGCCAGCAACCAGGAAGAAGAUCUUCAUUGUUUGAUCAUGGCAGAUACUGAGGAAAAGGUUAACAAGGCGAAGAAGCUGGUGCAUAACGUUAUUGAGACGGCCGCUUCGAUCCCCGAGGGUCAGAAUGAGCUCAAGCGGAACCAGCUGCGUGAGCUGGCUGCGCUCAACGGUACUCUCCGUGACGAUGAGAAUCAGGCUUGCCAGAACUGUGGUCAAAUUGGACACCGCAAGUACGACUGCCCCGAGCAACGCAAUUUCACCGCCAACAUUAUCUGUCGCGUCUGUGGUAACGCGGGCCACAUGGCUCGUGAUUGUCCCCGCAGGGCCAUUGGCGGCGGUGACGCUGUCGACCGUGAGAUGGAGCAACUUAUGCAAGAAUUGUCUGGUGGUGCGCCCGGAGAAGACGGCCACGUGCCUCGUCGGAUCGAGGCGGGCCCCGAUCAAGGCUAUGAUGACCGUGAUAUGAAGCCGUGGCAGCGCGGACCCCCGCCCAGCGACGUGGCUCCCUGGCAGCAACGCGGCCGCGAUCGCCGGGAUGACUACGCCCCCCGCGACCAUGGCAGUGCCCCUCCCUGGGCUGCCCAGAACCGCGGCGGCGACUACGGCUAUGGCUCGCAGGGUGGCUAUGGUGCUCCCGGGGCUCCUGCUGCUCCUGGCGCUGCUGCUCCCUGGCACCAGCCGGCUCAGGCCCCGCCCCCGCCCCCUGGCGGACAGGCAUCCUAUGGAUACGGAGCCUAUCCUGCUUACCCCGGCAUGGGCGCUCCGGGUGCUCCUCCGGGUCUGGGCGCGCCUCCGCCGCCCCCGGGCAUGCCGUCGAUGUAUUACGGCUCGGGUGGCAGCCCUCCCCCUCCGCCUCCUGGCGAGGGACCCCCACCUCCGCCGCCUAGCGAGCAGCCCCCGCCCCCUCCCCCUCCGGCUUAGAGGGCGUGAUGACAAAAAGUUGGUGAUGUGCUAUUGAAUAAUAACGAGAUGUGGGUCUCAAGAUGGUAAAUUGAGUGGAGGCGAGCGUAGGGAGGUGUGACAGUCGUCUCUUGGAACAACUUGUGAAUCGGCAUGAGGAUCAGCAGACGAUCGGGGUUGGACAUGUCACUGAAUCUCCGUGUAUUAGUUAAUUAAGUUACAACCAGCGUACUGUUUGCCUGCUUGCCUGCAGCGACACGAAGCUUUGCAUAAUGCAUGGAUGGACCGGGGGUUCUGCGCGCAAUACGCAUGGCUGCCCGUCGGCAAAUCGUCGCUCGCUAAAGCCAAUGACGUUAGGCACUAGCAUGAAUCGCUCGCGUCGCUACCGAAUAUGCCCUCCAUCUUAUUCUCUUGUUU